UGUGAUCAGCUAAGCUUGAUCUAUUCACCCGACUUUGUUUUGUUUCCGCUCUCAGUUUGUUUCUACUUCUUCUUCUAUACCCAAACAUAAUUUAAUAUGCUUCGAGCCCUUAAUGUCUUUGCCACUUCGGCCUCCAAGAAAGACUCUGUCACUAACGAAAAACCGGUUAUUACAGAGCAUGACAAGGUAGCUGAGCCCCCUGUUGCCACCCCUCCUGAAAAUAUUGAAGCCCUUACGGAGCCCACCAAUGAAGAGCAGAGUGCCACCAAUGCCGUAGAAGAGCCAUCCGGAGCAACUGCCAACGCAGAGCCAGCAGCAGCUACUACAGAAGUCACUGCUGACAGUGCCAAUGCUAAUAACACCACCGAAACUACUGGAGCAACUAAUCAGGACACCCAGGCAAAUACUGCCGCUCCAGCUCCAGAGCCUACUGUCUCUACCACUGCUAAUGGACAUAAGAUCAAGGAGAAAAAGAACUCGCUUGGUAGCAAAAUUAAGGGUUUCUUUAAGAAGUUGUAAUCAAAUGGCUAAUUUGUUGUAAGGGAGUAAUUCCUCUCUCUCUCUCUCUCUCUCUCUCUCUCUCUUUCUCUCUUUUAUUACCUUAUUGUAUGUGUAAUGGCACCAUCCUUCUUCUUAAAUAUUAAUUUUUCAAAGCCGUACCGAUUCUUUCUCUGUCCUAUAUCGUUAUUUCCUCUAUUAAGCUGACAUUUACUCUAAAGCAUCUGCAGCCAUUAAAAUAUAUUUUAGUUGGACUUACAAAUUAAUUGAGAAACAGAGGAUAGUCCCAAAC